UUGUGCUUAACAUGUCAAUGACCAAACAUGGAAUUGGUGAGUGAUAGGUGGAGAAUGAUGCAGAGGAAUAUCACAUCUUCAAAGUGUCUGGCAAUACAAACAAUGACCACAGCCAUAGAUAGAGAAUUCUUAAAAAAAUCCUUAAAAACAAAACUAUUUCCUUUUUCAGGUGUAAAAGUGUCAUUCAUAACUAAUGAAAGCUCCUGCUUUUGAUGGCCUCUGAGGUCAUUUUGAAUAUAUUUAGCAUCUCGCUCAAACAUGCCCCAAAUGUGUUGAUGCUAUCUUCCUAAUUUGCAUGUGGGCCUGAGAAUCUGUUGUCUCAUUAGGUGAUGUUAGUAAUCCUAGCAGCAUGAAAGCAUUAUAUAAAUGUCUAUUUGUUUUUAGUUGUUACUGUAAAUGGAGUGCUAAAAAGAACAAUGGAGGAUAUUAGGUCAUGUUUUUGUCUUCUGCUCAGAAGAAAUAAAUAUAAAGUUUGUGUCUUCAUACAAAUUCCCUGUAUCCCAACUAUACCAUUGUAUAUUACUGUUCCUUUUCAAAUUCCUUGUACCCCAACAGUACCACUGUACAUUCUUGUUCCUUUUCAAUUUUCCUGUACCCCACAAUACCACUGUACAUUCUUGUUCCUUUUCAAUUUUCCUGUACCCCACAAUACCACUGUACAUUCGUGUUUCUUUUCAAUUUCCCUGUACCCCACAGUACCACUGUACAUUCGUGUUCCUUUUCAAUUUCCUUGUACCCCACAGUACCACUGUACAUCCGUGUUCCUUUUCAAUUUCCCUGUACCCCACAGUACCACUGUAUGUUCUUGUUUCUUUUCCUCACCUGCAGACAGGUGGAUGGUGUUUGAAAUACUGUUCACUUCAAUACAUGCUUUAUAUUUUAUCCAAAUCUAUUUUUACAUGAAACAGCAAUAUAAAGGUACACCACUGUUUCAAAACAAACUAAAGGACUAUAUUUCAACUAGAUUUAAGAGAUUACCACUUUGCACCCUAAUGUGGCUCCUUUAUUUUUCUACAGGGUUAACACAAUUGAACACUUUGUACAGGCAUGAAACAAUGAUCUACCACCACUCCUUUGGAGAGGUUUAAGGUUAUGAGUUUGCUUAAAUGUUGUAAGCUUCAAACCCCAUGGGCCAGAAAACCUUCCUUUCACUGCUGAAGAUGGCCCGAUCAGGCAAGCUGAGUUAAUAUCCAGACUCAUUCUAAUCUCAAGUGCUGGACCUCAGACUUGUCACACUGGAGUGCAGACGGUUGAUGCAAUACAUUGCAAUACCCACAUGAUGAUUUUAAAUCUACAGAAAUAUCACCCACUGAUAUUGAAGCUAUUGAGAAAGGCUUGUUGAAAUGUCAAAAAGAAUUACUAAUUACUAUCUAGUAUCUCUACUGAUAUACUAGAAAGACUGCUUUAAUAUGUCUUUAAUGUACAGUAUUUUAAAAAAAUACAAACUGUUGCCUGAAAAUGCUGCCUUUAACCCCUAAAAUAACAGGCAUUUACUUGUCAUAAACAUUUGUCUGAAAAAGUCAUUUAAAUUAAUACGAUUUUCUUUUUGCAAACCUUUGGCAGUUUGGAGAAGUCAGUAAAGAGUUAAGCUGGAGAUGGAAGUUUGCUGGGCGAGAUACUGUGCUGUAUUUCCCUUGAUCUGCAGCACUGAAAUCCUCAGCAAAUGCACACAAUGUAUAACCUAAAUCAUUUUUAAAAGGUGUCGAUUCAAGGUUCUGGAUCUCGUUUCCUGAAAUAAAAUUAUUUUAAGUGCACUGUGUUACUAGUUUUAUGAGGGACACUGUUGCAACAUCAAAGGGCAGCAGUUCUAUGCAGUGCAAUGCAAACAGUGCAAUCCAUGAAAACUGUUAAGUAGUUCGGCUCACGUGACAGAUACCAUUAUCGUCACACUAAGAGCAGGAAGCACGGAAUCUGCUUACCAAACAGUCAGUGUUCACUGAACUGUUCAUCACUUCGGCUUCUUGUAGUUAAAGGCAGCAUCUCUGAGAGCGAGAGUGGACGUGCUAACUGUGUCACAUUUUUUACUUCCACUUGUAUCUCCAGCCGGCAUUGUUUAAUCUGCACAUUAGCAUAAUUACAGAGGAACACAAUUACAGAGGAAUGCAGGGAUCAAUGUAUGCAAAAUUUUUGCUGAGAAUGGAGCACACUGUGUAAUCCAGUCUGCCUUCUACAGAAACCUCUUAGACAAGAAUGAGAAGGGAAUUGGAUGGCUUAUCACCAGGUACUCAAGGGUCCAGACAAUCAGCUAACUGCCCAUACUUUGAAAAGUGAGAACAAUAUUUUGGCUAAAGGCCUAAUGGACUCUAAAAUGGAGGAAGUUGAAGGAUGCAGUGAAGAUAUUACAGGAAAGAAGAAGUCGAAGUUCAAAGCCUUUAAAAUCCGUCUGUUCGGUAAAAGAAAGAGGAAGGAGGGCACCGCUUCUGCUUCAAAUGGUGGGCUGAAGCAGAGCCAGUCAGCUAGUGAUGUCAUGGCUCCAGAAUCCAUGGCAGUCAUUUCUGACUCUGAAGAUGAACUUGGGUGUCCAAAAGGUGUUCUGGGUUCAAGAGCUUUGUCCCAUGACAGUAUCUUCAUUCCUGAGGCCACGCCCGAGUCCUCCGUAACAGCACGUGUGUUAUCCCAGGAAAAUGUGUCUGGGAAGAUCAAAGCUUUACAGUUAAAGCUUCAGCAGAACAUCAGACUUGGCCCACCUCCACUGGUGAUCCCUGGAAAAAGGAAUGAGGACACAGGCGCCAGCUCUGAAGAUGAUGGACUGCCCAGGAGCCCUCCAGAAAUAUCUGCAAUACCCGAAAGCAUGGCGCAUGGCAGUGCUGCACAGUUCAGUGAUACUUACAGACAUCUUAGCUCUUUGAGUUUAACUGGGACAGGCAGUGAAGACGAAGAGCAGGUCUCUUCUGAACCAUCAUCCAGAGCUCUCUCUCCAGUCACUAAAACCAACUACAGGACCUCAAGCCCUCUGUCACCCACUGUUCAGACCUCCAGUAGAUGCACCUCCCCUGUCGUGGACUUCAGCUCUCCUCCUGAGUUCUCCGCCUGUUUGGACAAUUCUGCUGCCAAACACCGUCUUUCAGUAAAACCAAGAAACCAGAGAGCUGGAGCCAAAGGGAGAGGCCAACCCUCUAACGUACACAGACCCCGUUGUGAGAGCCUGAAUGAGUUGGACUAUACCCUGUUAGAAAAAGAAGAAAAUGAGCCCCAAGAAAUAAUAAGAUGCUAUUCAUAUUCCAGCCAAGUGUCUAGGACAGGGAUUUUAACUGCUCUGCUCAAUAAAAAGCCUACAGUGGUCAAGGCAUCUGACACAGUAAUGGAACAGCAGACUGAGAAGAUUACAGAGCCAACAGAAAAGGAGAGUGCCCUUUGCUUACUGCGUAAUUCUUCAAGUUCUGACAAUAACCAGGCGUUAUCGCCAGAUUCCAGUACAACACGGGAGCUGAAUCCUGUGACUGUGCAUGCUAAAGUUGAAACAAACUUCUUAAAACUUGAUAAAACAGUACCAGUAAAACCUGUAAGCAUACAAACAACACAGAGUAAGGACUUGAUUAAAGAGAUCUUAAAUACAGGUGCAGGUGCACAUACUGCUACAUUACAAGUAAGAGAGGAUACUGAGAAUUUCCAAAUGCUAGAUAUGAAUAUUGGUGAUAACACCUUAAGAGAUGUUCCCAAAUCAGAAGCAAGUAGUAUGAUUUGUUCUGUGAACAUGACAGAAAGUAUAACCAGGUACACACAAGAUCUGUACAAUGUGGCACAAUCAGAAACCCACACUAAGGAGCUGCCUUCAGCUUCCUCAAGGACAGUUAAUAGCCUGCAUUCAAAAGACUCAAUGAAAAAUCACAAAUUAUCUCCCCUGAAAAUGAAAUCAUUGCCUGAGGAAUUGCCACAGAACAAGCAAUCUUCAGAGCCUGCUAAAAAACCGAUUGACAGUAUUCCAACUGCUGAAAAAGAACAAGUCAUUACAGUACCUGCCAAUAUAGUUAGGGGGGCUGAUGUCAAGCCCUUAUCUCAGCAGUCAUCAUUUAAGAAAAUGAAUGCUGGGUCGUUCCAGUUUUCUAUUUCAUCCGCCUGGGGUCGUCCAAGAAUGAGCAGCUUCACAGGGGCAGAGCAAACAGAGAUAAAGAAGGAUGAUUUUCAGGGGAGUACAUCGUCCCAUUCUAAACCCAAUCCUGUUGUCGGGGUGGAGAAGGAAGAGACACCUCCUAAAGUAGCAAAGGAGUCUUGUGAAAUCACUAGCAAAAAGCCUGAGGACUCUGUCGUUGCUGCAGUAGGGAAAGACAGCCAAGGAGAGGAUAAUGAAGAGAAGUCUCCCUUUGGCAUUAAACUUCGCUCUACUUCGUUAUCCCUGAGAUACAGAGAGGGAUCUCAUCCCGACUUCAGUGUGAAACGUCAUAGUGCAGAGGUAUCCACACUCAUGGACACAGAUAACUUCACCGGGCUCCCUACUGGUGGGAAAGCAGAGGACCCAAAGCCAUCGGAUGUCCUUGGUAGCCCUUUUAAAGACAAUGGGAAAAUCAAGGCCAAAUCCUCUGAGCAGCUCAAUGUAAAACCCCCCUUACUGAGGAAACCUAUGUUGCAAAGUGCUGGCAUGACAGAUCUGUCUUCAGUCACAACCAAGAGUGAAAAUACAGAAGGGGAAAGAUUGAGUUUUCAUAAAAACAGUGAAAAAGGAACUCUCACAAAGAGCAUGUCAGAGGUGACUAAAGAGACUGCAGCUGACGCCAAGCCUGCAUGGAUCAACAUGGCCAGACUGAAACAAAGAGGAUACCAAGAGCAGCAUCAUAGUACGAGCAAAGAAGAAAAAUACCCAAUCCCAGAAGUGAAGCCUGACAAAGUAAAACAAGGAGAGGCGAAGCAAGAAACAUUACAAUCUGAAGUCCGGGUCGACAGAGUUCUUUCUCCCACCCAGCGGAGAGCCACACUGGAUCACAGGCAGGACGUCACGAUGGAGUGGAAACAUCCUCUGUCCACUCAAACCACUGCACUACCCACAGCAGAAGGGGUUCCAUCAACAGUCAUACUAAUAAGCACGGAUAAAGAAGGAAAACCCCAACUGAGCAAGGACCUGCCAGUGCCUACUGCAGAAGCUGGUCAGCCUCCAUGGAUGGAGCUUGCGAAGAAGAAGUCCCAGGCAUGGAAUGACAUUUCUAUGGAUUAAAAGAUCCACAUCCUCAGAAUUGUACCACCUAUUAUACAUGGCACAGAGACACACACUGCAGUAUCACAAACAUUUCAUUGGUGAGCAGUUUAAUGUCAGUAGCAUGUGAAGAACUGAUUCCAUUAAAUGAACUGCUUCUUAGAGGGUGAAGUGCAAUAGUUUUGCUGUAUGUUAACCGU